CAUUCUGUUUGAACGCUAAACAUACCAGACCUAUCUCCUGCUCCUGCCCUGCUAGAAUUACCUGCCCUCCCCGCUGUAGUCUCAUGACUUCCUGGAUUGAUCGGCCUCAUGUCGGACUUUAAUCAGGACUACACAGUGACCAGGAGACUGUGGAGCAAUGAGGAUGACUUUCUCUUGGAGGUUGGUGAAGUUUCUCACUGUUUCAGCUGUGCUCCUCCUGUCUGCUCAGGUCUAUGUAAGCAGAGUAAUAUUUAGUAAACACCGCCCAAAGCCGAGACCUAUCCCUGAGCAGGAGUACAGGGUCUUGUCCCCUCAAACAUACAAGUACAUUCUCAAUCAGCCUGCAGUAUGCAAGGACAGAAGCCCCUUCCUGGUUUUUAUGGUCCCGGUUGCCCCUUUUGAUGCUGAGGCGAGGGAGGCUGUCAGGAAAACAUGGGGUGCUCCAGGUCAGGAUACUCUAACUCUGUUCUAUGUGGGUGUCCCUGAGGGGGGGCAGAGGUCAGGCAUCCAGGACAAGCUUGAGAAGGAGAGUAGGGAACAUGCAGACAUCAUCCAGAUCAACUUUCAGGACAGUUAUAAGAAUCUGACAAUCAAGACCAUGAUGAUGAUGAACUGGCUGGCAACCCACUGCCCCAAUGCCUCCUACGCCAUGAAGGUGGACGCUGACAUCUUUGUGAAUGUCUUCUACCUCAUCAGGCGGCUGACUAGCUCUCCACGCCAGGAUUACAUCACAGGGUCUUUGAUCAACGAUGGGAAACCCAGGAGGGAAAGCAACAGUAAAUGGCAGGUAACAGAGGAGCUGUACCCUGAGGACAGCUUCCCGCCUUAUGUAUCAGGAGCUGGGUAUGUCUUCUCCACAGACCUGGCUGCCAGAAUCUCCUGGGCGUCCAGGUUUGUCAGGAUGAUCCCUCUUGAGGAUGUCUAUGUAGGGUUGUGUCUACACGUACUGGUGGUUCGGCCUGUGUACUCCAGAAGCCUGCUGACCCUGAGGAACCUGUUUGAAAUCCAAAACCUGGAGUAUGACAGGUGCACUUUUGCCAAACUGGUACUUGUUAAUGGAUUUAAGCCAUUGAAACUGCUGAGCGCGUGGGAGGACUUCUCACAAGGCCAUACUAGCUGCUACAUACUACUGCACUAA